CAUAGCUGCUGCCAGGCCCCUAAUCUGCCAUGGGCCCCUAUACCGCCUCCUCAUGCUGCUGCCAGGUCCAGAGUCUCUCAUGCCAUGUGCCACUUUCAGGUCUCCUCACACUGCUGCUGGUGUGUUCAAUUUUUUGACAUAGGGUGCUGGCAGAUUACGGGCCUCCCAUAGCUGCUGCCAGGCCCCUAAUCUGCCAUGGGCCCCUAUACCGCCUCCUCAUGCUGCUGCCAGGCCCCUAAUCUGCCAUGGGCCCCCUAUACCGCCUCCUCAUGCUGCUGCCAGGUCCACAGUGUCUCAUGGGUCCCUGUACCGCCUCCCAUUGCUGCUGUCUCCAUCGCCACACUCUGCCAUGUGCCACUUUCAGGUCUCCUCACACUCCUGCUGGUUUCCAUUUUGUCAUAGGUUGCUGUAUGGCCUCCCAUUGCUGCUGCCUCCACCGCCACACUGUGGCUCCAAACACUGGUUUUGGCCCCGUGACUGGCCAAAUGAGUGAAGUGUGCGGUGAUUCUAAGAUCGACGGCACUCAUCUGCAUGUUAUACUGACUGACAGUAUUAUUUCUCUUCCCCAGCAGACUCCAAGGGCAUUUAAAUUAAAGGUACAGUGUUCUGCACUAAUAUUA